AUGGCCAGCCCACCACCACUCCCCCCACGACCCGCAUCGUGCUCACUACCCCCUGCCGCACGACCCCCGUGGGCAAUCGACCAACCCCUCCAUCCUAUCAGGGAACUCCACCCCCUCCUGCAGCUCCCAAAAGCCCUCCUCAUCAACACCCCCUUCAUCGGCGCCUACCACUCCUCCACAUCUCUUCCGAACAAGCAACGCGUCGCCCUCGCCGUCUUCGCGCGCUUCGACCUCGUUAGUGAAAAGGUGUGGAUUGCAGUCCGAUGGAUCUGGACGACGCCGACGGAGCGCGACCGCAAGGCCAAGUUGAUGUGGUGUCGGCUGGGGGAAUGGAGCAUCAUGGACGAGGUGCUGUCGGAUGCGGAGGAGUAUCAAGUUGUGGUGCCGAAGGGGGAGUUUGUUGGUAGUGAUGGACGCGUUAGUGAGGAGAGGGUUAGGGAGAGGUGGUUGGAGGGGAUGAGGUUGGGCGUGGAGGGGUUUAGGGGGUUGGAGUAG